AUGACCCUAAGGGCCAGCUCUCAUGGAGAGCUCCAGGCUCUGACUUCACUGAGGACCCCUGCUUCAGACAGCGGUACUUUUAAGUUCCUUUCUCACAGCAGCAACAACAUGAGUGGCCGAUUCGAAAGCAUUGAGGAGAUUAAAGGAGUUUCGAAACCCACACACCCUCAUCGAAGACCUGUACGUGCGGUCCGACCCGUGAGUGCUCUGAGUGCCAGCGGCUCCUUCCUGCAGAUCAACCACCUGCAGGGAGAACUAGUGAGGAAGAGGAAGUUGAAACAGACACUUCAUGUCAGCCAGCAGAGGGCGACACUGUGUUCCAGGGCAGCUGAGGAUGCUCAUAGAGGACGAACAGAGGCGGACAAGACAAGGGCACUGGCGGAGGCCCGGGCUCUGGACAGCAGGCAAGAAAAAGAUCUCGCAGUGGUUGACAAAACACGACUCAGUGAAGAACUACAUCUGCUGAAAAAAGAGCACAGUGGUGUCCAGCUACUUUUAGCUCAAGUUGAAAAGAAUUACUUCGAGAGCAAGCUUAAACUAGACAGGGUGUCAGGAGAAAAGCAGGCUCUCCUGGAGGAGAACACAAUACUGGAGGAUGAGAGGAACAUGUUACGACACAAACUGAAGGAGCUGACUGAGGAGAAUGUGAAGAUAAUGGAAAAGGAGGUGAACUCCAGACGCAGAGCUCUGGUUGCUGAAGAGCAGAGAGAAAGGGCCAAUAAAGCCCAGCAGGAGGCUGAGCAGGAAAGACAUUUAGUUGAGCGGGAGAGGGAAGAUCGCAACAGCGAGUGUCUCAGCUGGAGAGAGAAGCACCAGGCUCUGGCAGAAGUCAUCAGAAGCCAGGAAGAACUUAAGUCUCUCCGGCAGACCAAAGCAUGUCAAGCUAAUAUUAAGAGCUACUUCCUGUGCAUGACUGAAAGCGACCAGAGGGUUAGGAUCCUAAAAAAUCGAGAUGGCACUCCAAGGAACUUCCCGGAAGGAGACCCUGUGUACAUCUCCACACCUGACCUCAACAGUGAGGAUUCAGAGAAGAGCUCAGGGAGCAGGACGAUGUUUAGGGUGGCUGCCCCUCGAGUUGGACAGGACACCGGCCCAGCUCACUUCAGCGAGCGGUCACCAACGGCAGAUACCCAUGAUUCUGGACGUUCAAGGAGAAACAGGAAAGUGGAAUAUUUCUGCAUCCCCACUGAUGAAGAAUAAAUGUGAAUGGACAAUAGAUCUAAAAACUAGACAAACAACAAAAUAUUGCUUGUAAACAGGUUGCAAAUCUCCUUAAAUAUAAAAAAACAAAACAAAUGUUACUGUAUCCCUAUGGUUAAGAGAUUUAGUACAAAGGAAUCUAUGAAAUGUAAAAUUCUCAGUGCAUUUCUUAUAAAACAUG